UUAUCUUAUAAUUUAUAAUAAGGUCUAGUAAUUAAUGGCCUAAGGCCUAAAGCAACAACAAAAAAAUUAAAUUGAAAUGCUAAGGUGAAAGGCGAUCACAGUGGUUGAAAAAAAAAGGACAGAGUCUUUCAGAGCAUCACUCUUCCACACCAACGCUAGAUGCUCUAGUAGCAGGGAUCACUAUGGCAUCAUAUGAAAGAUUUGACAAAAACGGAGUGGGGAAAUCAUCAGGGGAGACAAAUAACAGGUUAUCAAUGAAGGGAGACGAUAAAGGAGAUGGAGGAGUUAGGGACAGUCAGAUUGAAAUCGAAACUGAGGGCAAAGUCACCAUUUUUGGUGUUGAAAAUAAAGAAUAUGUAUCUGACCCUGCUGGUGAUCCUUAUGCUCCUAAAACUAAUAUAGAGAAAGUCCAAAUGCAAGUUCAGCGGAUAGUUGAUAAUUUUUUCUUCCGAGCAUUUACUGUGAUCGUGAUCCUCCUUGAUUUCACCUUAGUUAUUGUAGAUCUGUCUUUGUACGACUGUGCUAACAAUGAUCAGCCCCUUGAAAUUAUUUCACACAUCAUCCUGAUUUACUUUCUCAUUGAAAUUUGUGCUAGAAUAUUUGUGCAAGGGCGCAGGUUUUUCUACAACUUUUUGGAUAUUUUAGAUUUUGGGGUGGUUCUUGUCUCCUUCAUUGUGGAUGUUGUCUUCUUAGCAAUAUCAUCUUCAGAUUGCUCUGAAUCUGGAAGAAUGGCACAGCUUGUGGUCAUUGGCAGAGUUGUGCGGGCCAUCAGGGUUGUACGUAUUGUUUACAUUAUGAUAGUCCAGCACAGGCAGGUUGCCAGGGCAACAAGGCAAAUGGUGUCGCAGAACAAAAGACGCUACCAAAAAGAUGGCUUUGACCUUGACCUCUGCUACAUUACAGAAAGGGUAAUUGCUAUGUCAUUCCCAUCUAAGGGCAUGAUGGCGCUCUAUCGUAAUCCUGUUGCUGAAGUUGCUCGGUUCUUUAAUACUAAACACAAAGAGCAUUACAGAAUUUAUAAUUUAUGUAGUGAGCGUGAUUAUGAUGAGAAUCUGUUUUUCAAUAAUGUUGAAAGAAUUUAUAUUGAUGACCACAAUGUGCCUAAGCUGAGAGAAAUGUUAGAUUUCACUGCCAAUGCAAGAGAGUGGAUGGCUGCUGACAAGCAAAAUGUGAUUGCUAUUCAUUGUAAGGGAGGCAAAGGUCGUACAGGCACUAUUAUCUGUACAUGGCUAAUUGACUGUGGACUGCUGGAAAGUGCACAGGAAAGUCUGGAGUAUUUUGGUGAUAGAAGAACUGACCUAAGCAAGGGAAGUACCUUCCAAGGUGUAGAAACACCUAGCCAGAGCCGAUAUGUGGAAUAUUAUGAAAAACUGAAAAACGAAUACAACCGACAACUACCCCCUAAAAAAGUUUUGAAGUUGAAUUCAAUUAAGAUUACAGGAAUAAAUUCCGUUGGUAAUGGUGAUGGCAGUGACCUAUUCAUGGAACUGCGCCAGGAUGGAUUGUUAAUUUUUGAAUGCAAUUUAGGCACUCAAUCAAACUGUGAGGUGUUGAAGUAUACAGAUAGUGACAGCAUUGUCACCAACUUGAAAAACUGCCCCAACAUCAAUGGUGAUAUCAAGAUCAUGUUUAAGACUAACAGCAAAAAGAUACCCAUAGGUUAUGACAAGUGUCCAUUCUACUUUUGGUUCUACACCUCAUUCAUAGAAGAUAACCGAUUGUACAUUCCAAGGGAUGAACUGGACAAUCCACAUAAGAGUAAAACUCAUAAUGUUUUCCGUGAAAACUUUGGAGUGGAGCUGAAUUUUGAAAAUGCUGAAGAAUGAAGCAGUUUGAUAUCUAGUUAAGCAAAUCUAAACCACUGUCAUUUCUUUUCAAAUCUUUUAAAGUCUUGUCAUUUAUACCAUCGCACAAUUACUUUGUAAAGAACAGACAGCACAUUUUUCAGCCUCUUUGAGAGCUGAAUUUUGAAAAUGCUGAAGAAAGAAGCAGUUUGAUAUCUAGUAAAGCAAUUCUAAACCACUGUCAUUUUUUUCAAAGCUUUUAAAGUCAUGUCAUUUAUACCAUCGCACAAUUACUUUCUAAAGAACAGACAGCACAUUUUUCAGCCUCUUUGGUAUUAAUUUGAAUUAUACAUGUUUUCUUUAAUUUGUGUAAUUUUAUUUUUGAUGAAAACUUACAAUUUGUAAUUUUCCUUUUUUUUUUACUAUAAUUUUUUUGUGUUUUUAAUUUUAUACAGUGUGUGCUUUGGCCAGUAAUUCUGUACAUAAUAAUAGGAAAAUGGAACAAAUAUACUAGUCUUCAUUAAAUGAAUAUUCAUAUUUAAUGCACUGUUGUUUGUAUAUCCUGAAAUCAUUCAGUGUUUAGAAAAUAUUUUUGAAGAAAGAUCAACAUUAAUGUUUUGAAACUUUUCAUGAGGAUGGACAAUAAUGCUUAGAAAGUAUUAUUACAGAAAGAUGAACAUUAUUAAAUUUUAGGAAAUUUUUUUAAGAAGUUGGACAUUGGCACUUACAAAGUAAUUUUGAAGAAAAAUGGACAAUCAUGUCAUUAUUCUACAAUUUUUUUUCUAAUAAUAAUAAUCAUACAGUUUUCAUAAGUCCCACUAUGAAAUUUAGCUUUUUACUGUAAAUAUUCAAUAGAAGAGCUCAAUUUUUUCUCUAACCAUAAGUCCUAUAAAAUAGUCCCCCUGUCCAUUAAGUCAGUCACAUGCGUUAUCUUUUCUUAAAAAUGAGUCACGUUAAAUCUACCAGGUCUUAAAAAGGUUUUUACAGUUAGUUAGUCCCAUAAUAUUUCCUAUAUAAUUCAUGACUAAAUGAAAUGUUUGCUAUGCAAAUCAUUUUGUGUUCAAUUAAGCCACAUACAGCUGAAUCAAAUAAAAAACAAAGAUUAAACAGAAGUAAAAGUAGUAGCUGAACUUGCAAUAAUUUAACUCUUGCAGUAGGCCAUCAAUUCUAUUGUGUGUAAAAUUUUAUAUAAGUUCUGAACAAUUUUCUGUAUUUAAAAAUAAAAGUAUUAAAUGUAUUUUAAACUUAAGAAUGCUUUCAAAACUGGUCAGAUACACUCUCGUUAUACUGUAUUCAAUGUGUGCAAUAGUUUUUUGUAAUCAGUAAUAUCCGGUUUUACAAAAUUUGUUUUUUAUAUUUUUAAAAAAUGUAAACAUUAUUUUUACAGAAUGCUUGUAUUUAUGUUUUUUUUUCCACUUAAUAAUCUUCUGAGCAUUCCUGUAUAUCAGUAUCAGGUAAAUGAAAUAGUUUAACAUUGUGAUAAAAAUUAUCAAACUUGUUUUGUGAUAUUUUUGAAGAGUAUUUAAAUCUGAAAGAUUGCUUUUUCCUUUCAUUUGGUAUAACGUGUAGUUAAAAGUUAAACAAGAUUUUAAAAAAAAAGUAUUUAAAUUUAAUUUGAAAGCAGGUUUUGGUUUAUUAUAUGCCAGUUUUUACAAUAAUGAAAACAAGUAAUGCAAUAAUUCCAAUGUUAUUUUUUCUUCAAACUGCACUCAAUGUGGUCACUUUUAAAUCCUUGUCACAAUGCAGGUUGUUUUGAGUCUUGAAGGAAAGUUGCAAGUGUUGCCAAAUAAGUGACAUGAAACUUUUCAAAGGCUGUCAAAGAGCUUUAAUAACAUCACAGAUUGUCUUGAUAAUUUGUGGCAGUAAUAGUUUCUCAGAAAAAAAUUUCACAAAAUUUUAAAAACAUUUUAUCUGAUCCCUGCAAAAUGAUUAAAUGUGCAUGCUGUUUUCUGAUUUAAUAAUUUGUUUUGUAAUAUAUAUAACUUAUUCAACAGAUGAUACUAUGCACAAUUACAUAUUAUUAAUGACGUUUGUAAUAUCAUAAUUUACCAUCAUUUUUCUCAAUUGUGUAUAUAACUUGUGUAUUUUUCCCCAUUGUGAUUGUGUUUCAAAUACACUAAUAUAUUUUUUAUUACAUCACAAAAUAUUCUGGUCCAAAAUUUCCCCAUUUUAUUGUUUGUGUUGAAAGCAUUUAAGAAUAAUAAUACUCUAUAAGCAUGUUCAAUUAAUUUUUUUGGUUGCAAUAUUUGUUUUCUUUUUUUAAAGUUAAGCUCUUCAUAAGCUAGAUAAUGGUUGUUUAAUAAUUUUACUUUUUAAAACAACAUUUUUUUGUUUUAAAACUUUCGACCUAAUGUUAAAUGCACAUUUUACACCCCUGAUACUUAUUUUCUCUGAGAAGUUUAAAUUCACCUUAAACUUUACAGUUUUGUUUAUGGAUUGGGUUAACACAUUAAGAUUACUUUUUUUUAUUGAGGUUUCAGAUAAAGAUUAUACAUGCCUGCAAUGUUUCUUUUAAAAUGUGGUUUUAAAGAAUGAUUUUUUUUUACAUGAUUUUUUUUUAAAAAAUGGUUUCCUUUUGCUUUUUUAAGUAUAUUUUAUGUGGUUGAUUUAUAAUAUAAUUAUUGCCUGGUUGAGAGAAUAAAGUACGGUGAAAAUAACCCUUCUGCUCCCGUAGUUGGUUACAACAUUCACAAUUGUGGAGAUACCUCUGUUUUACUUUUUGUAUGUUGUAUUUACUUCAACAUAACUCACAUAAGACUGACAUCAAUAACUGCAACAGUAAUAAUAAGAAUGACAGUUUAUCACAGUAACAAUAGUAUAACUGAUUCAUGUUUUAAAAAUAAUUGUUUUUUUUGGGACCUUUUACUACCAUUUUGAAUGCCAUGGGACAUUUAAUACCUUUAACAUAAUAUGUGCAAAAAUGAUAUAAUUGUUACAGUAAUAAUUAGAAUGAUAAUUUAUAAAUGUGAUAAUAGUAUAACUGAUACAUGUUUUAGAAGUGAUUGUUAUUUGGGAGCUUUUACUACGAUUUUGAUUGCCAUGGGAUAACUGAGCAAAUUAAUAUUGUAGUAUAGAUGUUGAGCUUAAAUUAUCAGAGAAAUUGAACUUUGGAUGUAAUUUUAGUCUUAAAUGAAAUAAUGUAUUAUCUGACAGCUGUUUCUGAGAGGUUACUUAGUACUGAAAGGGUUAAAGAAAUGUAUUUAUUCCAGACUUCUACCAUAAGUUUAAUUUUUCACCUAAACACUAUCCUUGCGGCACCUAGAGUUAUCCCUCAUGUCUUGCUGAAUGUUUCUAAAUUGUGUUGAAUUAAAUCCUUGAGCUGCAUUCUGAUUGGUCAAUAAUAAGCAUUUUUCUUUUUUUUUUUUUAAAGAAACUAUUCUCUGCUUUCUAUUUUCAAUUUUACAGUCAAAGUUUUAUUACAAAAUAUAAAUAAGUUAUAGUAGAGGUUGAUUAUUUUGUUGGUAUACACAGAAAGGUAUUUUUUUUAAUACUUGAUUGCUAAUUGUAAACUAAUUUUAAAAAGAUAAAUAUUUGAAUAUAAUUAAUACCUCACAGUAAUGUGAUGAAAUACAUUCUUUUCAUGCUGUUCUUUUAAUGAGGCCUAAAAACCUUUUUUUUUU